CCAUUCUUGUUGCCUCCAUCAAAAGAAGGAAAAAACAAAUAAACAAAGAAGGGAAAACAAUUAUGUCUUCGUCAGAUGCUCUCGCAAAGUCUUUCUCUGUUUCUCACUCUGGAAUAUUUGGAGUUGACGAGAAAUCAAUGCUGGAGAUCUUAGUAAAAUGGCAACCAGAACACUUGUCAACUUUUAGGAAUGAAACUUCUAGCAUCUUUUUGAAGGAUGAACGCUUCCCGUUUGAGAAAUGUGAAGAAAUUCUUCUUAAAUUUCUAAAAAGGGAAUUUAAGCGUUUUAAGGAUGCUGUGGUGCAAUGGACCAUGCAUCCUUGGGAAAGAGAUGCUCGCAUGGCAAGGAAGGCUUUGAAAAGAGGCAGUCAAGCAUAUGGCCUACUCAUUGAACUUGCAUGCACCAGAUCAUCAGACGAGCUCUUGGGAGCUAGGAGAGCAUACCAGUCCCUCUACAGUGAAUCCAUCGAGGAAGACGUUGCUUGCCGAGUUGAAGGCAUCCAACGCCAGUUUUUGGUAGCACUUGUAAGUUCGUACAGAUAUGAAGGAUCACGAAAGAAUGAUGUGGCAAUUGAAUCGGAUGCUCAAAAACUUAAUAAAGCCAUUAGAAAUGGUGAUAAGACGAUGCUAAUCAAAGAUGAAGAGAUUGUAAGGAUUCUAACAACAAGAAGCAAGUCUCAUCUCGUGGAGGUCUUCAAAUGUUACUAUGAUGAUUUCGACAAGGACAUUGCAGAGGAUCUCGGUGAGGAAUCAGGUUUGAAGGACACAAUUUAUUGCUUGUGUGCUGCUCCAGUGUAUUUCAGUAAGAUUUUAGAUUCAGCAAUGAAAGCUAAUGCAACCAAGAAUGAAAAAGAAGCCUAACUCGAGUUAUUGUAACCCGAACUGAUGUUGAUAUGAAGGACAUUGCUGAGGAAUAUAAUAAGCAAUAUGGAACUCCUCUAGCCAAGAAGAUUGAAGAUGUAGCUCUUGGAAAUUAUAAAGAUUUCUUAGUCACGUUGGUCCAAAGAGCUCUAGCUAAAGGAAGUGAAUAAAAAUGCCUCUCUUAAUGAACUUGUUCUUUUUCUUUGAAUCAAACUCUACUUAUGCUUUAUUUUCCUAUGUUUGCAAGAGCAAUUGUACUAAUAAAAAGUGCGGCGUUCCUAUGAAGUGAAACUUUAAUAAAUUAUUAAUUCUAGUA